UGAUGGGAUAUGUAGUGGUGGGGAACCCUCCAGUCCAAGAAGGAAGGCUGAUAAUGAAACCUUAUUAUUAUGCCUAUUAUGAUUGAUUCCCUUAUUCCAAGCUUGGAAAGGGACUGCAAAAAUUGUAUUUUUAAGGGAUGCUGGGGAUGAUGGGAUAUGCAGUGCUGGGGAACCCUCCCAGGCCAAGAAGGAAGACAGGUGAAGAAACCUUAUUGUUAUGACUAUUAUGAUUGAUUCCCUUAUCCUAGGCUUGGAAAGGGACUGCAAAAAUUGUAUUUUUAAGGGAUGCUAGGGAUGAUGGAAUAUGUAGUGCUGGGGGAACUCACCCAGGCCAAGAAGAAAGGCUGAUAAUGAAACCUUAUUAUCAUCAUGACCAUAAUGAUUGAUUCACCUUAUUAUUAUGACUAUUAUGAUUGAUUUCCUUAUCCCAAGCUUUGAAGGGAAUUGCAAAAAUUGUAUUUUUAAGGAAUGCUGGGGAUGAUGGGAUAUGUAGUGGUGGGGAACCCUCCCAGGUCAAGAAGAAAGGCAGGUGAAGAAACCUUAUUGUUAUGACUAUUAUGAUUGAUUCCCUUAUCCCAAGCUUGGAAGGGGACUGCUAAAAUUGUAUUUUAAGGGAUGAUGUGGAUGAUGGGAUAUGUAGUGGUGGGGAACCCUCCAGGCCAAGAAGAAAGGCUGAUAAUGAAACCUUAUUAUCAUCAUGACCAUAAUGAUUGAUUUGCCUUAUUCCAAGCUUGGAAGGGAAUUGCAAAAAUUGUAUUUUUAAGGGAUGCUGGGGAUGAUGGGAUAUGUAGUGGUGGGGAACCCUCCAGUCCAAGAAGGAAGGCUGAUAAUGAAACCUUAUUAUUAUGCCUAUUAUGAUUGAUUCCCUUAUUCCAAGCUUGGAAGGGGACUGCUAAAAUUGUAUUUUUUCUAGGAUGAUGGGAUAUGUAGUGCAUCUUAUGUAGUUGAAUGGGGAUUUGUGGCUGGGAGGCGGGGCUUGAGGCCGGGCUUGACUGAGGAUGCGCGGCUCCUCCUCCUCCUUCCUUUCCUUUCCCCCUUCCUCCAUCCCUCCUUUCCUUGCCUUUCUCCUUCCCUCUCUUUCCUGCUCCUGUCCCUUUAAGAGCAGAGCCUGGCCUUCCUCUUCCUCUUCCUCUUCCUCUUCCUCUUCCUUGGAGAGGCCAUGGCAGCAGCAGCGGAUUGGGGGUCUUCUUCUGCCCAGGGCGUGGAGUGGCGCCCGGGCCCCCUCCUCCGGCCGGCCCCCUGCUUCCUGCCGCGCUGUGGGGGGGAGGACGGGGAGGGGUCCGGGGCCGGUCCAUCCUCCUCCUCCUCCUUGCUGUGGACGGUGGUGGGGGCGCUGCAGGCGGUGGAGCGCAAGGUGGACCUGCAGGCGGGGCGUCUGCUGGGCCUGGAGCGGAGGGCCGGCUCGGCCGAGAAGCGGCUCUCGGGCGCGGAGAAGGCCCUGGCCGAGUGCGGGCACCACCUCUCCGCCCUGCGCACCCUGGCCCAGGAGUACGUGCUGCUCCGGCGGCGCAUGGAGAACAUGGAGAACCUGCUCAAGAACCGGGACCUCUGGAUCCUGCGCCUCCCGCCCGGCCCCAAGGCCGCCGACCCCAAGGCGCCGGUGACGGUUGACGAGGUCUCGGUCUACUUCUCUAAGCCGGAAUGGGAGAAACUGGAGGAAUGGCAACGGGAGCUCUACAAGAACGUCAUGAAGGGCAACUAUGAGUCCCUGGUCUCCAUGGAUUACGCCAUUGCCAAACCAGAGCUCUUGUCCCGCAUCGAACGCGGGGAGGAGCCAUGCGCCGAGGAUCGGGGCCUUUCGGAGGAAGAAGAGGCCGUCAGGGAAGUCGGCACAGAAUUCCCAGCGAUGGUGAAUGAAGACAUGGUCACGUUGAUCCAAAGGGAAAUUGUUCCUUCGAUGGUGGAAAAGUGGGAUGCCGCCGAAAGGAGGUCUCUGGCGGACAACAACCCCGAGGACGCCCCGUUUUCCCACUCGCCCCCGGAAGCGGAGACGGGGACCGGAGACGUGGUGAUUUAUAGCACACUUCCGGAUGAGGAGGAGGAGGAGGAGGAGGGUGAGGACUUGGUUGUGGGUCCGUCGGCGGAGGAGGAUCCCCCCCAAAGGGCCCCCGACUUUGGCGACUUCACCACCAUCAUCGUCCAGGAGGGGGCGCUGCCGGGCGAGGCCCCGUUCGUGUGCCCCGAGUGCGGGAAGAGCUUCCUCUACGAGGAGCAGCGCGAGCUUCACCGGCGGACUCACCCCAGGAUCCCCGCCGGAGAGAGACCCAUCCGGUCUGAGAUCCUGCCUCCGCCCACGCCGAAGGUGUACCCGUGCCCCGAGUGCGAGCGCUGCUUCCCGCACCCGUCGAGCCUCAGCAAGCACCGGCUCUGGCACUCCGGGGAGCGCCCGCACACCUGCGGCGAGUGCCAGAAAAGCUUCCGGCUGAAGAUCAACCUGCACUUGCACCAGCGGAGCCACGCCGCCUCCUCGUCCGCGGCCAAGGCCGGCUCGUACAUCUGCGGGGAGUGUGGCCGCGGGUUCAACCACCACUCGAACUUCCUGCGGCACCAGAUGAUCCACACGGGGGAGCGGCCCUACUCCUGCGCCGAGUGCGGGAAGACCUUCAUCCGCAAGGAGCACCUGGCCACCCACCGCCGGCUCCACACCGGGGAGCGGCCCUACCGCUGCGCCUUGUGCCAGAAGAGCUUCACCCGCAAGCAGCACCUCGUCGGGCACCAGCGCCUCCACGAGGCCGAAGGGCACGCGCCGUGGAUCGGAAACGACCACAACGGGGGGAGCCUCGGGCCGGAGGGGUUCCCCACGUAAAGCGGGUCGGCUCGAUCGGCACCGUCCGGACCGGCAACUGUUUGGAGGCGGUGGAAUGAUGGCCGUGACCCUUUUGGACUGUGCGUCUGUCAAGUUCAUGGACUACAUGUCCCAGCAUCCAUCUGAUUCGAAGGAAGGGAUUUCCCUAUCGAGUCGGCUUUCCUCACCUCGGGCCGGGGAUUCUGGGAGUUGCAGUGUCAGCAACAGGAGGACACGUUUGGCAUCCUGGGCUAAGGAAGCCCAAGGACAAGGCAACCGUUUGUGUUUUGGACUUCAUUUCCCAUCAUCCAACUAACUUUGGGGGUCCCAAAAAGGACCUAUCUCCAUAAAGGCAGACCUUUGUGUUUCGGACUACACUUCCCAUCAUCCAGCUAACUCUAGGGAUUCUAGAGAGGACCUAUCCCAGUAAAGGCAGAACUUACUGUUUCGGACUACACUUCCCAUCAUCCAGCUAACUCUUGGGAUCCCAGAAAGGACUUCUCCCAAUCAAGGCAGACCUUAGUGUUUUGGACUGCACUUCCCAUCAUGCAGCUAACUCUGGGAAUCCCAGAAAGGACUUACGCAAUGAAGACAGAUCUUAGUGUUUUGGACUGCACUUCCCAUCAUCCAGCUAACUCUGGGAAUCCCAGAAAGGACUUAUCCCAAUCAAGGCAGACUUUUGUGUUUUGAAGAAUUCAUCCUAUCAUCCGGUUAACUCGGGGGAUCCCAGAAAGGACCUAUCCCAAUGAAUGCAUUUUGGACUGCACUUCCCAUCAUCCAGCUAACUGGAAAUGUCAGGAAGGACCUAUCUCAAUAAGGGCAGACCUCUGUGUUUUGAAUUACACUUCCCAUCAUCCAGCUAACUGGGAAUGCCAAGAAGGAUCUAUCUCAAUAAGGGCAGACCUCUGUGUUGCAGACUGCACUUCCCAUCAUCCAGUUAACUGGGAAUGCCAAGAAGGAUCUAUCUCAAUAAGGGCAGACCUCUGUGUUUUGAAUUACACUUCCCAUCAUCCAGCUAACUGGGAAUCCCAGAAAGGACCUGUCUCAAUAAGGGCAGACCUCUGUGUUUCGGACUGCACUUCCCAUCAUCCAACUAACUGGAUAUCCCAGAAAGGACCUGUCUCAAUAAAGGCAGACCAUAGUUUUUGGACUAUGCUUCCCAUCAUCCAGCUAACUGGGGAUCCCAGAAAGGAAGGAAGGACUCUGUUUGGGUUUGGGACUGCACGUCCCAGCAUCCCGCUCACGCUGGGAAUCCAAAGAAAAGAGCUUCCCUGUCAAGGCAACUGUUUUGGGGUCUUUAGGUCUUUUCCAGCCUUGCUGUCUAGGAGAGUAUGUUGGGCUUGGGACUACAUCCCAGCAGCAGACCCCUGCUCGGGCCAGGGAGAGAAAUGAAAUGCCGAGCUCAAUAGGACAGGUGACCCAACUGGCUUUGAAACCGUCCAUGUGGGAAGGGGUCUAGGAGUCUGGAUGGACCACUAGCCGAACGUGAGCCAAGAGUGUGAUGCGGCAGCUCAAAAGGCCAAUGCGAUUCUAUGCUGCAUCCCAAUUAGAUGCCAGAGCUGUUUGGCAGGGCCAUGGAUCUACGGAGGUUUCAGAGUCUGGCUGGCCAUCUGUCGGGAGGGUUUUGAUGGUGCCUUCCUGCCUGGUUAGAAGGGGGCUGGGCUGGAUGGCCUUUGGGGGUCCCUUCCACUCUAGGAUUCUAUGAAGUCAUAGCUCGGUUUCGGACUACACAUCCCAGCAUCCCGCUGAUUCCGAUUAAUUAUACAACGAACAAUGACUUCUCUAUCAAGUCCGCCUUUGCCAUAAAUCCAGACUUAUGUCCAUGUUACGAAAACACGGUUUAUAUACAGUAUAUAUAUUUUUAUGUGUGUGUGUGUGUGUGAUCUCCGAAUGGUAAAAGUGUCGGGACUUC